GGGCACAAAAGCUAAUAAAUUGUACAGAACAAUAUUUUUUACAAAUCUAAAAAUGCAAAAAGUGUUCUAUGAUCUUUAGGUUUAGGGAUAGGGUUAGGGAUAGGGGAUAGAAUAUACAGUUUGUACAGUAUAAAAACAUUACGCCUAUGGACUGUCCCCACGGGGAUAGUAAACCAGAGCCUGUGUGUGUGCGUGUGUGUGUGUGUGUGUGUGUGUGUGUGUGUGUGCGUGCGUGCGUGCGUGCGUGCGUGCGUGCGUGCGUGCGUGUGUGUGUGUGAGAUUUCCUAAGUUUUCAAACUGUGUUGUAUCACACUCCUGAGGGAGUCAUGAGUCACAUUACACUUACAACACACACACACGUGGACACUCUGUGCUAUUUUAUGAGUUGAGUUGUGUGUAUUGUGUGAUAUCUGAUUCUUCGGUCAACACUCACUGCUGAUAAAUGUAUUUACACAACUGCUUUCUUAAAUCUGAUCUCUCAUAAAAACUGAUCUAAAACCCUCUGCUUAAAUGUUUGAAUGACUUUUGUAGACACGAAUAUAUUUGUUUCUUUCAUUAGAUAUAAAGUCCAGUUUGUGGUAGAUUUUCACAUUUCUGUAAAUUCACUGUGACUGAAGAUGAUCAAGUAUAACACAGUUUUCUGUUAUUUCACAUCAUUCCCAAACACACAGUUGUGUGAUUGUGUUAGAAUGAGACGACAGUAGUUGACCGUCAUCGUAAAAUGUGAGAUAAACUCUAAUAAUCAGGUUGAAAACCGCUGUAUUUUCCACACACUGUGCAUGUUUGUAUCUCCUCUUUGCCCCGAAUCUCUGAAACGCGCUGAUUCUUUACAAAGCUGAUCGCUCUGAAAAGCGAGGUGUGCUGUGAUUGGCCAGUUUACCUGUGUGUAGUGAUUGGUGGAAUACUGCAAGCGUGUGAGGGAAAUGUAACGCCUCUGACCAUAUUUGGAACAUCAGGUUCCUCUUCAAUUGUACUGACAGGUACGCCCACCUUACUUGCGUCUACAUUUGGGCGGUCUCAGUCAAAUCAGACCACCAACUGAUGUAGAUUUGUGGGGGUGUGGCUACACGAGGCGUUUCAGGCAGGUCUGGGUGAGCGUUCGCUUUUACAUAGAAUGACUCUUUUGUUCCCACACUUUCAUUUCUGCAAUUUUACACGUCUAAUACAUGCAUGAGCGACUUAUAACACACCAAAGACACAGAACAACACGUGUUCUCGCCAUAUGAGCCCUUUAAUACACUGAAAUGGACCGUUUUUGUGAAUUAUAUACUUUUAUUUAACUAAAGUUUCGAAUGAUUAUUGAACAUUUUCCAGCCGUUAUAGGCACGCAAUGAAUCUCGGGAUACCCAAGGCUGUGAAGGAUACAUUCGUUCUAUCCUUAAAAACCUGCGGAAAUAAGGUCGCAUUUUGGGGCUGCAUUUGAAGCAACCUUUGAAUUGGGACAGCCUUACCAGCCUCCAGUCUCGCUGCUGUGACGCAUCGGUCUUAAAAUGCAGCCUUCAAAGCACGCAGCCCCCGAAUUGGGACACGGCAAUGGUGUAGAUGGAGAAAUCAGAGGGGGCGGAGCUUCGCAAAGACUGAAUUAUAUAACAAACGCUGCAUCCGAAAUCGCAUACUGCGACAGUACAUACUGAACUUGAAUAAGUACCUACCUAUCGACCGUUAAAACAGUAUAUUUAUAUAUCUAUAUAGUAUGAGUGGGAGUAGUAUGAAUUCAUUUGGGACAAACUGCAUCUGUACAACCUGUACGUAGGCGCUGAUAAAAAAAACAUAAUUUAGUCACGAGAAAUUCAUUUAUUGGCACUUACAUUAAAAACAGACGGAAGUUUUCCGCUAUAUGUAUUUGAUUUACUUUUGAAAUGUGGCCUUUGCUCAGCUCCCGUGGCAUCAUGGGAUAGAGAAGUGUCCAUCCCAUCCACACUCGCCAAUCACGGCAGAAACUGAAGACCAUCCGGGUAUUUCUCGCCUACUGUUUUGUGCAUCCUGAGGUUUUGGACAUACUACUCAUGACUCGUACUCAUUCUUGCCUACUAUACAGUAUGUAGGCGAUUAGGGAUGCAGGGAAACAGAUUUUUAGCCGCUAUGAUUUGCGAUGCACUCACAUUAACCUCAGAUACUGUUGAGGGCAGAUAGUUUGUGAUUUAAGAUUUGUGUAUUAAUGUGUUAUGUGAGAUGGUGGGUGUCGUGUGGAAUGCUGGGAAGCCUGUGCUGAGAAUCACAGCCUGUGAUUGGCUGAGAUGAAGAGUGGGCGAGGACCGAAUCAAAGAGUUUAGUGUCAGGAAACACAGUGUGUGUGUGUGUGCAUUUACAUACGUGUCACGAGACACACACAUGCAGUGUUUGACACAAACAUCAGUGAUAUGAAGAUGGAGGUUCUGGUCAGACAGGUGGACUUUUUCCUCAGAUGAAUCUCAUGAAGGUGCACGAGGUGAAGGAAUGUGGCUGGGAUUGAUGGAUUACAGCUCAAGCGUUCUGAGGAGAUGGAGAUCUGGUGAUGGAUUAUUCUGACCCGCAGGUUCAGUGUUGGCGACACUACUAACUCAUCUGUAGCGUACAUACAUCAUGACAUCACAUAUACAGCUCUCGCUCUCUCACUGAUUCUGAAGUAUGAUUCAUUUCAUUUGAUUCACAUGUGUCUUCAUGAUUCUCAGAUUUUUUGAUGUUGCUGUUUUAUGUUUGUCAGCUAUAAACUCUGUGGUGUUUCCAUUGACUGUGUGUGUUGUUUAUGUAUCUGAUCGUAUUGAAAUCAGAUCAUUGUGUUUGAGUCAGUCAUAAUCUCAUUAUUCUAUCAUUUGAAACUGCAGUCAUAACGUUUGACACUCUGUCGCCAUCUCUGUUUAAAACAUAGUAUUUCAGGUUACUUUAUGUAACUAUGUUAUUUUAUGUUACUUUACAUACUUUUUUAUGUACUUAUCUUUACGGAGUGUCUAUUUACACUGAGUACAAAUAGCUGCCUUGUCGGAAGAGACUAUUUGCACUAGCUCCGCCCACCAAUGUGUGAUUGGAAUAGAGAAAGUGUAAGAACGACGCUAUUUCAAAUGGUUACUCCAGCGGCGUAAGGUGUAAGUCUGUAUAGGUUCGGCAGGGGAGACUGGGGUUCUAAUCCGCCUCUCGCUGAAAACGCUCUUUUACUUUUUUUUCGAUCACAUUACAGAUCAUAAAGGCAUUUGUUUUCAAUAAAAUUGAUUUAAGACUUAAAAUGCAUUUUGAUUCAUAACGUUUAGGUUUAGGGUGAGGCUAGGGGUAGGGGUAUUAUUUUUGGUUUUUAUAAAUUUAAUGAUUUACACUCUGUUACUAUUGCAUAAUGUUUCAUGCACAACAAUACUGAAGUGCUAAUAGAAAUGUUAUCUGCCACUAUUUAUACGUACCAAUAGCAUCUAACUAUUAUUUCUACUUAAUCCAAAGAAAAUACAGCUAUUUUUGCUUAGUGUAAACAGAACCUACUGCUAUUUAAACUUACUGUAAAUAGCAUCUAUUGCUAUAGCCGCUGACGUAUCUUUAUGUCUUUUGAAGUAAAGUGAAAUCAAAGUGAUAUUGCAUGCGAAAUUGUGCACGACAAAUCAUGAUUAAGCUUCAAGUACUUGCUGGAUAACUGAACUGAUGAGCUUUAAUGUAGUUCAUCACUGUUUGACUGUAAAUAUUAAUCACGUGUAUCUUGACAAACUAGUUUCAGAGAAGCUUCUUCACCAACCAUAAAUAAGAUGAACAUGUGAUGACAGGUUGAAAUCUCUGUGUAGACUUGACUCUCUCUCUCUCUCUCUGAGUUUCUGGGUGCUUGUGAUUUCUUGUUUUUCAUUGGCCUGUCCUGAAGGAGGUCACAGGAAGUGAUCAUCACAUGACACACCUCACAUGUUUGUGGUUCUUUGACGUGUGUACGUGACUUUGGUUCUCAGCACAAUGUUUGUCAGCGUGAGGAAGCUGGUCUCUAUUUUUGAGAGUAAAAAACAGCCUCGCCCCGUGUCCCUUCCUCCAUCGCUGCACACACCCCUCACCUCUGCCCCGCCCACACCACCUGCUCAUCAUCCCAGCCCACCUCCAGCAGAUUCUGAGCCACACCCCCCUUCACCCUCCAGACCACGCCUCUGUCCUGGAGAGCAAGAGACUGCACACGUCACGCGGAGAGCAAACGCUAGGCUUCAGAGAUUUCGAGAAUCUUGGCCGACAGGGAAGGUGGAUUACCAUCCGGGGGCGUUCCGCUUAGCUGUAUCCACGGAAACCAAAGAGCCAAUCAGCAGCAAGCACCGGCCACAUGCAUGGCUCAGAAACAAACGUGGAGACGGCCCUUCCGACAGCACCACAGCAAGCAGAACAUCCAUUCCACAAUCCAACAGAGCCAGAACAUCACAAUGCCCUUCAGAAACCACACCCCCGUCUCCUCCACAGACCCCCGCAGGCUCCGCCCACAGCAUCACCGCUGAGAAGCAGUCAGUCGUGGAUACGCCGUUGUCGCAGACACACCCGUCUGCUGUCAGAACCGCCCCCUCCUGCAGGUCCGGCCCAUUCUGUGUUACUGAUCAGAGAUUUCAGAGAGGAGGAGCCUGUAAACAAAGACUCCGCCCCUCUGACUCCACCCUUCUGUCACUUCUGCUUUUCUUUCACAGCGGAACGAACACCAGCAUGAUCGCCAUCGAUAACAAGAUAGAACAAGCCAUGGAUCUGGUGAAGUCUCACCUGAUGUUGGCGGUACGAGAGGAGGUGGAGAUUCUGAGGGAGCAGAUUAAAGAGCUGUCAGAGAGAAACGCUCAGCUCGAGAGAGAAAACUACAUCCUGCGAGCCCUCAAGGACAGAGACUGAACCCAACCCCAGUGCAUUCUGGGAUAUGUAGUUUGAUCAGAGGAAAACGGGAGAAUGUUUGUGUGUGCAGUGUUGAAAAUUAACCAUGGUUUUAUUAUAGUAAAAGUGUAUUAACCGUGUAUUAUCAUUUGCAUAAAGCACAGUUUUACUACAAGAACCAGAGUUAAACUAAAGCUACUGUAGUAAAGCCAUGGUUCAUUUUAUUAGGAAAUAAAUAAAAAGUGCCUUAACUCCA